AUGGAGACUUCAGCUGCUAUCCCAAAUUCAUUUAUCUGCAUAUCACCUAAUUGUAAUUAUUCAACUUCAAAUGAUUCAGAUCUCAAAUUGCACAUUUACAAUCAUCAUCCUUUAUUGUCUAAUGAUUUUGAUCAAUCACAAUUAAUUAAUCAUCCUAACGAUCGAUUGAUCUUUGAAAAACAUCCUUAUACACCUGCUACUAAUGAACCAACAACAUUUAUAUCAAAAUAUUUCGAAAAAGUGGUUGAAGAGCUAAAAUGUAAAAAAUGUCGUACAAAAUUUGAUGAUGCUCAAACAUUGGUGGAACAUCUUUUCGAAUGCUAUAAAGCAAAAGGUAAGAAAAAAAAUCUCCUUCAUUUGUGUAUCUGUUGCCAGGAUUUAUUCAGAGACUCAUUUGCUUUGGCAAGACAUCUUAAGCAAUCAAAAUGUAUCUUAGCGGUGGUUGAAAGCAUAGAUCAAUUUUACUAUUAUGCUGAUGCAGUUAAUCCUUCAACAAAACUUAGAUAUAUUUAUCAUGCACUCAAUAAAACAAAUGCAUGUGAGUACAAUUGUGUCGGGUGUUGCCAAGCUUUAAAUUUCCAAUUUCCUCGAGAUAUGAAAUUUCCAACUCCUGAUAAAUUAUCUAGACAUAUUACUGGUGAAGGCGACAAUAGGUUAAGAAUUGAUAUUCCCGAUGCUUCUCAUGCAGAAUACCCAGAAUUAUAUCCUACAUUUAUUGAUAAAUUUAUCAAGCUAGACCUUUUAGCUACUGCUGGUUGCCCAAAUUAUAAAGAUUAUAUGAUAAUGUUGUGGAAGGAGCCACAAGACAUAGAACCAACAGAAAAAUCAAUUCAAAAAUUUCAAAAUGUUUCUUGUGACAAUUGCCAUACCACUGUGAAAAAUCAAGAUCUUUUACAAUUUCAUCAAAAUGAUGGUCGUUCUUGCAAUAGAAAUAUCAGACUUAUAAAUCAAUUACUUAAGCAAUUUGCUAUAUUAGAGUAUGCUAUUAAUUUGGACCAACAGUUACCAUCUUCAUCAAUCCUUUUACAAAAUCUCAUACUCCCAACCUACCACUACACCAACAAUUUCAAUGAAGAUCAAAAUGCCAUUACAGUAAGUUCACAAAAUAUGAAUCAUGGUUAUUUAGCAUUCAAUCGUAUAAUGUCCACCUCAGAUUUGGUUGUAACUCAAGAAGCAACUGAUGCUCUUUACAGGGCAGCACAGAGCAUGAAUGUUGUUCACAACGAUCAAGUACUCAUGUCAUAUCGUGAUUUGAAACUUACUGAUACUAUUUUGGAUGAGGUGAAUGGUAACAACAUUGAAGAUUUAAUGAAAUCUCAAAAUUCAGGAGUUGAUGAUUUAUUUGCUAAUAGAGUUCAAUCAAGGUUGGUUCAAUUGGGUGAUUGGAAAUUUAUCAUUAUCAACUAUUAUGGCUGUGAUAGUUACGUUGAACUUAAACUUACAAUGCUCCAAAAAUUCCAGAAAGCUGUUAUAUUUCUUGCUCAUGCUAGUCCAGGAAUACCAAUCAUCUUAUUAGGUGAUUUCAACUUUGUCACUCAUCAAAAAGAUUCAACAACUUCAAAAAGUGAUUCUAAGGAUAUUGAAAAGAUAAUGAAUGAAAUAACAAAUGAAUUAGAAUUAAUUGAUUUACAACGUAGCAUCGACGGAGAUGAUCGGUUUUUAUUCACUAAUACAAAUUAUACUAAUUGCAGAAGAUUGGAUAGAAUUUAUAUUUCAAAGUCCAUUGCUAAUCAAGUCAAAUCAUUAAGAAUAGAAAAAUCAAUUGGAACUCAUUUUGGAUUGAGAUUGGAGCUUUUCAAAAAGUUGAUCAAAGUUGAUAAAGCUUUUGAUAGUAACAAUUAUCAAAAUAUGUUCAGUAAUAAAUCAACCUAUAAUGAAAAAGAAUUAGCUACAAGUUGGUUUAAGUUUUGCGGUAAAAGAACAUUAGAAGGUGAAAACUUCGAUGAUGAAAUUGAUGCAGAAGAUGAUUUUGAAAUGUGA